GAAGAAAGAGAAGUACUAUAUUUAAUUUCCGGAAAGCAUGACAUAGCCAGCGCAGCAGUGUCUGUGUGUCACGGCGUGUAGAGGCACCUCGCCACACCAUACCACUCCUCUCCUCUAUUUAUGUUACUCUCGCCUUCGCGAUUCUCGCACCUUCCAAUUCCAUGGCUUCCUCAACCUCGAUUCCCGCAUCCGAGGCCGUGCAGGUUCUCCUCUCUUUGCUCGCCGAUGACUCUUCCUCCGUCAGAGAGGCCUCCAUGUCCUCUCUCAAGAACAUUGCCGCACUGAAUCCUCUUCUUGUUCUUGAUUGCUGUGCCGUCGUGUCGCGUGGUGGACGUCGGCGGUUCGGGAACAUGGCGGGAGUUUUCCAAGUGAUGGCGUUCGGCGUUCGGUCUCUUGACGCAAAAGACGUCGAUUCUGCUUUCAUGGCGAAGCUCGCUAAGAUUGCUACCGCUGAGCUGAUAUCCUCUAAGGAACUAAAUUCUGACUGGCAACGAGCAGCAACAAGCCUACUUGUUGCAAUAGGCUCACAUUUACCUGAUCUCAUGAUGGAAGAAAUUUUUCUUCAUUUAUCUGGGACAAAUUCAGCAGUACAGGCUAUGGUUCAAAUCCUUGCAGAAUUUGCUUCUACUGAUCCCAUGCAGUUCAUUCCACGUUGGAAAGGUGUACUUUCCCGAAUUUUGCCAAUUCUUGGAAAUGUACGAGAAAUGCAUCGCCCCAUUUUUUCAAAUGCAUUUAAGUGUUGGUGUCAAGCGUCUUGGCAAUAUAGUAUAGACUUUCCUUCACAUUUUCCUCAAGAUGGUGAUGUCAUGUCAUUUCUAAAUUCUGCUUUUGAGCUCUUGUUGAGAGUUUGGGCAGCUUCGAGAGACCUUAAGGUUCGUGUGGCAUCUGUAGAAGCACUGGGGCAGAUGGUAGGUCUCAUAACACGAGCACAGUUAAAGACUGCCCUACCAAGGCUUAUCCCUACAAUAUUGGACUUGUAUAAAAAAGAUCAAGAUAUAGCUUUUCUGGCUACAUGUAGUCUCCACAAUCUGCUAAAUGCCUCUUUGUUGUCCGAAAGUGGUCCUCCUAUGCUUGAUUUUGAGGAUUUGACUAUUGUUUUAUCAACACUUCUGCCUGUGAUAUCUACGAAUAAUGACGGCAAAGACCAAUCAGAUUUCUCUGUGGGACUAAAGAUGUAUAAUGAGGUUCAGCAUUGCUUUCUGACGGUUGGCUUGGUAUAUCCAGAUGAUUUGUUUUUGUUCCUUGUAAAUAAAUGCAGAUUGAGGGAAGAACCAUUGACUUUUGGUGCUCUUUGCAUUUUGAAGCAUCUUUUGCCAAGGCUGUCAGAAGCUUGGCAUAGUAAAAUAUCUCUACUAGUCGAAGCUGUAAAGUCCUUGCUUGAGGAGCAGAAUUUAGCUGUCCGUAAGGCACUAUCUGAGUUAAUUGUGGUUAUGGCUUCUCACUGUUACUUGGUUGGUUCGUCUGGAGAGUUGUUCAUUGAAUAUCUUGUACGCCAUUGUGCUAUAACUGAUCACAAUAGGAGUGAUCUUGAAAACAUACCGAACAAGAGAAUAGAGAUGAAAAUUGGAGCAGUUACUCCUAGUGAGUUAAGAGCAGUUUGUGAAAAAGGUCUGCUUUUGGUAACUAUUACGAUUCCUGAAAUGGAGCAUAUUCUUUGGCCUUUUCUGUUGAGGAUGAUUAUUCCACGAACCUACACUGGUGCUGUGGCCACGGUGUGCAGGUGUAUCUCAGAAUUGUGGCGGCAUAGGUCAUAUAGCAACGAUAUGUUGAGUGAGUGUAAAACCCGUGCUGAUAUACCAACUGCAGAGGAACUUCUUGCUCGCUUGGUGGUGCUUUUGCAUAAUCCUCUGGCAAGGGAACAAUUGGCCACCCAAAUUUUGACAGUUCUAUGUCUUUUGGCACCUCUAUUCCCAAAAAAUAUUAAUUUGUUUUGGCAAGAUGAGAUUCCGAAGAUGAAGGCAUAUGUUAGUGAUACAGAGGACUUAAAACAGGAUCCGUCAUAUCAAGACACUUGGGACGACAUGAUAAUCAAUUUUCUUGCGGAAUCUUUGGAUGUGAUUCAAGAUGCAGAUUGGGUUAUGUCUCUUGGAAAUGUUUUUGCCAAACAUUAUGAACUUUAUGCUUCUGAUGAUCAACACACUGCACUUCUGCACCGGUGCCUAGGUAUUCUGCUUCAAAAGGUUAACGAAAGAGCUUAUGUCCGUCAUAAAAUAGAUUGGAUGUACAAGCAGGCAAACAUUGCAAUUCCAACAAACAGACUUGGAUUGGCAAAAGCAAUGGGAUUGGUUGCUGCAUCACACUUGGAUACAGUGUUGGACAAGCUGAAGGACAUUUUAGACAAUGUUGGGCAAGGCAUAUUUCAGAGGUUCAUGCCAGAUUUGAUCCUGUCAUUAUUUUCAGAUAGUUUCAGAACGGAAGAGUCUGAUGACAUUCAUGCUGCUUUGGCACUAAUGUAUGGAUAUGCUGCAAAGUAUGCUCCAUCAACAGUUAUUGAAGCCAGAAUAAAUGCCCUUGUUGGCACCAAUGUGCUCUCACGACUUCUUCAUGUGCGUCAUCCCAAAGCAAAGCAAGCGGUCAUCACAGCAAUUGAUUUACUAGGUAAUGCUGUUAUUAAUGCUGCUGAAAGUGGCUCACCAUUUCCACUGAAAAGAAGGGACCAACUGCUUGAUUAUAUUUUAACAUUAAUGGGUCGGGAUGAUGAAGAUGGUUUUGCUGAUUACAAUGACCUAUUGCGUACUCAGGCCCUUGCUAUAAGUGCCUGCACCACGUUGGUCUCUGUGGAACCAAAGCUAACAGUUGAAACUAGGAACCAUGUAAUGAAGGCCACAUUGGGGUUCUUUGCUAUACCAAAUGAUCCGGUUGAUGUUGUCAAUCCCCUUAUAGACAACUUGAUUACCCUUUUAUGUGCAAUUCUUCUCUCCGGUGGAGAAGAUGGAAGAAGUCGAGCAGAGCUGCUAAUGCUUAUCUUGAGGCAAAUUGAUCAAUUUGUAUGUUCGCCCAUUGAGUAUCAGAGGAAACGAGGCUGCCUUGCUGUACAUGAGAUGCUUCUAAAGUUUCGGAUGAUUUGUGUUAGUGGGUAUUGUGCACUGGGCUGCCAUGGGAGUUGUGCACAUAACAAGCAAAUCGACCGGACUCUGUUUAGGAAUUUUUCAAAGCUGCCAUCUGCAUUUGUACUGCCAAGUCGAGAAGCUCUGUGCUUGGGAGAUAGGGUUAUAAUGUACCUUCCACGUUGUGCAGACCCAAAUUCUGAAGUCCGAAAAGUAUCGGCACAGAUUCUUGAUUUACUCUUUAGCAUCUCUCUUUCACUUCCAAGACCUGCGGGUUCAUCUAUAUCUGCUGAGGUUAUAGAAUUGUCAUACAGUGCAUUAUCUUCUCUUGAGGAUGUCAUAGCCAUAUUGAGGAAUGAUACUUCUAUUGAUCCAUCGGAAGUUUUCAACAGGAUUGUUUCCUCCCUCUGCAUUCUGUUGACAAAAGAGGAGAUGGUGGCUACACUGCAUGGUUGCUCAGUUGCUAUAUGUGAUAAGAUCAAACAGUCAGCUGAAGGGGCUAUUCAAGCUGUUGUUGAAUUUGUUACAAAGAGAGGGGGGGAAUUGACUGAAAUUGAUAUCUCAAGGACAACCCAAUCAUUGAUCUCUGCUGUUGUGCAUGCAACUGACAAACAUUUGCGUGUGGAAACUCUUGGAGCUAUUUCUUCUUUGGCUGAAAACACUAGCCCAAAAACUGUUUUUGAUGAAGUCCUGGCUACUGCUGGAAGGGAUACGAUCACAAAGGAUAUAUCUAGGUUACGUGGAGGAUGGCCGAUGCAGGACGCAUUCUAUGCAUUUUCUCAGCACAUGGAACUGUCAGUUUUGUUUCUAGAACAUGUGAUAUCUGUCCUUAGCCAGAUUCCGAUUUUAAAAGCUGACGUGGACAGAGUUGAGGAUAGCCCCGUUGACAGUCAUACAGAAGAUGGCAAACUACAAGCUGCAAUUUUUGCUCUUACUGCUUUCUUCAGAGGUGGGGGAAAAGUUGGAAAAAGAGCCGUUGAACAAAACUAUGCUUCUGUUCUUUCUGAGCUUACACUGCAACUUGGAAGCUGUCACGGUUUGACAUAUUCUGGUCAGCAUGAACCAUUGAGGAAUCUUCUUACUGCAUUUCAGGCGUUCUGUGAAUGUGUUGGUGACCUUGAGAUGGGCAAGAUUUUAGCUAGAGAUGGUGAACUAUCAGGAAAUGAAAGGUGGAUUAGUCUCAUUGGAGACAUUGCAUGCUGCAUAUCUAUAAAGCGCCCAAAAGAGGUACAAAAUAUUUGUCUAUUUUUGAAAAACUCAUUGUAUCGACCCCAGAAAUACCAGAGGGAAGCUGCAGCAGCUGCACUAUCAGAAUUUGUUCGGUAUAGUGGUGGACUUGGUUCGCUUUUGGAGCAAAUGGUUGAGGUUUUAUGUCGGCAUGUAUCAGAUGAGUCUUCAACUGUUCGACGAUUAUGUUUGCGAGGAUUAGUGCAGAUCCCACUGAUUCAUAUUUUGAAGUAUACAACUCAAGUCUUGGGGGUUAUAUUAGCUCUACUAGAUGAUUCUGAUGAAUCUGUGCAAUUAACUGCUGUAUCAUGCUUACUGAUGAUUCUUGAUUCUUCACCUGAUGAUGCAGUUGAGCCCAUUUUGCUUAGUCUUUCAAUAAGGCUUCGAAAUCUUCAAGCAAGCAUGAAUGCAAAGAUGCGAGCCACUUCUUUUGCAGUAUUUGGGGCCCUCAGCAAAUAUGGAACUGGGGCACUAAGUGAGGCAUUUGUUGAGCAGGUACAUGCUGCUGUUCCUCGCCUGGUCUUGCAUCUUCAUGAUGAAGAUGUUAGUGUCCGAUCAGCCUGUCGGAAUACCCUGAAACAAGUUUGCCCAUUGAUGGAAAUUGAACGAUUGCAUGCUGUACUAAACACACACAGUUUCCUUUCUGAUCAUCGAAGUGACUAUGAGGACUUUCUCCGAGACAUUGCAAAGCAAUUUACUCAACAUCUUCCCAUCAGAGUUGAUAGUUAUAUGGCUUCAUCAGUGCAGGCUUUUGACGCACCAUGGCCCAUAAUUCAGGCAAAUGCUAUAUACUUCUGCAGCAGCAUGCUCUCUCUAUCGGAUAAUCAGCAUAUUUUAUCUGUUUAUCAUUCACAGGUCUUUGGUAUGCUGGUUGGGAAAAUGAGUCGAUCACCUGAUGCUGUCGUUAGAGCAACGUGUUCUUCCGCUCUCGGCUUGUUGCUGAAAUCCUCCAAUUUAUGUUCAUGGGUGGACUCAACAUCACGGAACAAUGAUGCAGAGUCCAUGAAAAACUAGCAACGCCAUGGGCUAUUUUAGGAAGGUUGAGUGGAUCAGCGUGCUGCUUUGCAUAUUUGUCAUGUGAAGGCAACCUGGCUGUUGGUGACGUUCUUGCACAGGGUUUUGUUUUAGCAAUCGCCUCUUCUGUAUUCUAUUCUAUCCAUUUUCCCCCUCAAGUAUUGUAUUUUGUUGUAAAGUUUGAAAUGCUUUUAAAUGUACAUUUAUGUUAGUGUCAUGAUCGUGUAAAUUGUUGUAUAUUAAUUACACUUGAACUUCACCAUGGAGGACUUGUUUUAGUAUUUUCAUUAUUUUUUUCCAUAUUAAAGAAUUAA